AUGAAGUCCAUCGCCAUCAUGGAGCUGCAGGGCGGCGCCAUCGAGCUCGACAGCGACAUGGCUGACAUCACCCAGAGCUUCCCGACAGAGAGCAUGCUGGGAGGAGAGGAAGAUGGCGACCUGCUGGCGGGGGAGACGGACACGACGAUCUCCAAGCUCGGCGGUCUGGCCUCCUCAGAGCUCGACGGCGUAUCUGCAGCCGGCCACAUAGCCUCUACACUGGGGAUCAACCCACACGCGCUCCAGAACGCUCUCUCUGCUGCAGCGCUGCUGGGCUACUGGGCCGAGGUCUGGACUCUGUGUGAGGCGCUGUGGGGCCGGCUGGGCCCCUCGGAUCAGGAGGCCGAGGUGCUCAGCGAGUACGAGCGGCAGCUGGAGAGGAGGCGGAGCUUCUCGGCCUGGCUGUCCCGCGGCGCCUCCCACAGGGUGGAGGAGGAGGUGGUUUUGGCCGGGAAAGGUCGCCAUGUCGACGCAGUUUUCAGCUACCUGACGGGAAACCGCAUCAGCGAGGCGUGCCGACUCGCCCAGAAGGAAGGAGACCACCGUCUGUCCCUGCUGCUGUCUCAGGCCGUGGGCUCUCAGUACUGCAGGGACCUUCUCGCCCUUCAGCUCGCCGAUUGGCACCGCAUGCAGACCGACUGCUACCUGCCCGAGGAGCGACUCCGCAUCUUCGCUCUGCUCGCCGGGAAACCGGUGUGGCAGUCCACCGACUCUUUGGUGAACGUGUGCGCCGAGCUGGACUGGAAGCGCUGCGUGGCGGUCCACCUUUGGUUCAUGCUGCCCCCGACUGCCUCUGUGGCCGACGCCCUCGCCAGAUACGAAGCCGCCUUUCAGGGCUCGUGUGAGGCGGGGAAGUACGCCUGUGCACCCCUGCCUCCAUACCUGGAGGCGGAGCAGCCAGAUCUGGAGGAGUCGUCCAACCGGCCGCUGUACGACCUCUGCUUCCACCUGCUCAAACUCUACAGCGACAGACACUACGGCCUGCAGCAGCUGCUGGAGCCUCUCGCCGUCACCUGGGAGCGCCUGGACUACCGCCUGAGCUGGCACCUGUGGGGCGUCCUGCAGGCGCUGCACUACACCCACCUGAGCGCCCCACGGCAGGGCCUCCUCCACGCCAGCUACGCCGCGCAGCUGGAGAGCGCCGGCCUGUGGCACAUGGCCGUCUUCAUCCUGCUGCACAUCCCCGAGCACACUCAGAGGGAGCGAGCUGUGAGGGAGAUGCUGGCGCUGCACUGCCCCCUGCAGGAGACGGAGGACUCGGUGCGCAGGGAGCGCUUCCUGACCGAGCAGCUGCUGAUCCCGGAGCAGUGGAUCCACGAGGCCAAGGCCACCCGAGCCCACCGCGACGGCGACAGACACCAGCAGGCCCUGCACCUGUACCGAGCCCGAUACUGGAACCAGUGCCACCGCCUGCUGAUCCAGCACCUGGCCUCAGAUUGCAUCAUCAACGAUAACCACGACUACCUCCUGGAGUUCCUGGAGGGUCUGGCGCUCCCCGAGCACUGCGCCACCAUCCAGGACUGGGACACAGCAGGGGGGGUUUACCUCGACUACAUCAGAGUCAUAAAGACUCUGCAGGACAUCCAGCAGAUGGAAAACGCCGGCUACGAGCUGGAGCGUCUCUACACCGAUGUGACGUCUCUCUGCAGCAGGAUCGAGCUCCUGCCCUGCCGCACCGCUAAAGACCGCCUCGCCCAAUCGGAAAUGGCGAAGCGCGUGGCGAACAUCCUGCGUGCGGUGCUGAGCCUGCAGCAGGGCGAUACGGCCGACUCCCUCAGCAUCCCGCUCGCCCAGCUGGCGCCGCACAUCAGCCGCCUGCCGAUGCCCGAGGACUACACGCUGGAGGAGCUGCGAGGCCUCACGCAGUCGUACCUGCGACAGCUCAUCGUCAGCCAAUGAGAGCGCAGGGCGGGACGAGAAGCUUCGGCUGCUCGAACGUCUUGAAACUGACACCAUAUAAAAGAUGAGGCGAGCCGUGUGUGACCUUUAACCCCACGUCUGUCAGUCUUUUAGCUUGUUCUCAGAUUUAAAACCAAACAGGAAGUGACACGAGAUUUGCAGUGACAUCAUAGAUACCAGUGAGAGAAAAAAGGUUCAAAUACUUCCUGAGUGAUCAUCAGAAUUUAUUCUUCACUUUAUUUUCAAUAAAAUAAAACGACCUCGAGCUCCGUGAUGAAGGGCUGCAGGUUUGAAUCCCUCCACCAGAGGCCGCCGACGUUCCUCUGCAGGAACCUCAGGCUGAGGCUGGAGCUGAUCUUUCCCAUCAAACCACCUUCAGUUUAAUCGUUCAGCGUAUUUGUUCUUUUCAUUCUUUCAUUAGUUUCUCCUGAAACAUCAGGAUCAUGUGAUCAGACUCAAACCUGCUGACUUAAAUAUUAAUAAACAGGAAACUGGGGGAAGAAACGGGACACGAGCAGCUCAGAGUAAACGAAGCUCAAUCUUUAACGUCCAGAAACGCUCCCCGCUGACAGCAGUCUCCUCCCCUUUCUGUUAAACUCCACGUGACCCCAACUCGUUUGACCUCUGACCUUCAGAGAGCGGGUCGACGUGGUGUUUCCCCCUCGGUGGGUUUAGAAGCGGCCGUCUGUGUGUGAUCAGAGCAGGUGGCGGUGGAUGUGUAAAAUGUUGACGCUCUAUUUUUGUAGGUGUGUUUCUGUGUGGAUGUAACUCAGAUCGUUAGUGUCGCAGCUUUAAAGUAAAGAGUUUCCUCCCAAAGCGAGCCGCCGGCCCGAGAUUCACUGUAAUUAUAUAAAUAUUGUAUAUUUUUGGAAAUCAAACGGGAAUAUCAGGUCGUUUUUAUCCCUCGAUUAUUAUCAGA